CAUCAUUCACACAGCAUCCUGCAAACCGUGCACAGCUAAAGCACUCAAGAAUAUCUCAAAAAUGGCACCACAAACUGAAACUGCGUACGUCUCGAAGACCCAGCAUUAUCUGAAGGUGAAGAAGCCGCUGCUGGAGCGUCAGCGUCGGGCACGCAUGAACAAGUGCCUGGACACACUGAAGACACUUGUUGCCGAGUUCCAGGGCGACGAUGCCAUACUACGUCUGGACAAGGCUGAAAUGCUCGAGGCGGCACUUGUCUUCAUGCGCAAGCAGCUGAUCAAGCAACAGGCGCCGGUCUCACCUGUGCCCAUGGACAGCUUCAAGAACGGUUACAUGAAUGCCGUCAGCGAAAUCUCACGUGUGAUGGCCUGCACGCCGGCUAUGAGCGUUGAUGUUGGCAAGACGGUGAUGACACAUCUGGGCAUUGAGUUCCAGCGCAUGCUGCAGGCAGACCAGCAACCAGAACAACACCAGCAGCAGCAAACCGAAUUGGAAUCCAUGCCAAUCAGUCGUUCCGCCAGCCCCGCAUCUUCUGGCUAUCACAGCGAUGCCGAGGACUCUGAGGCAGCAGUUAGUCCACAGUCCGGCAGCCAUUCAAUGUGGCGCCCCUGGUAAUCCACAGAGAUAACAACAAUCUACAACUACAACCAUAACAACGAAUCAUGUCUUCCAAUUGACUCGAUGUAAACUGUGAUAACAAAAGCUUUACAUAGAUCUAAGCAUGACUAGCUUAUAAGAUACCAAUCUCCGGCUUUAAUAGUUUUAAGAUGUACAAAUUAGCGAAAUGAUGCUUACUAACUUUAGACUAUAAGAGAAUAUUACAAGCUUUAAUAGUAAUAAAAACUAAAACUUGAAAACAAAA